AGUAGCGUCCAGCUGUUUGAAUGCCUGCCCCUUUCCGCAGUUAAUUCCGAACCACGCUAUCUUUUAUUUAUUUAAUUGCCACCACAUUCAAGAGGUUUUAUCCCUGAAGUGUGAGGUUUUGGCUGCACCAGGGACCCUGCGGGUGGAGAAAAUGGUUCCAGCCAGUCCGCGCGUCCCCUCAUACUUGAAGCAGCCUGCCUAUUGUGCGCCUGUGAUUGACAAGACCACGAGGCUGAGCGCGCUCCGGAGAUUUUUUUUUUUUUUUCCCCCUUUUCCCUUUCUAUAAAUGGCUUAGAUCUUCGGUCUAGACUACUUACUCGGACGUUCGGGAGACAAUUGCCUUCUUGUUCAUUGCUUGCUCCUGGGCUGGCCCGGAAUUUAAGGAGCCCCUCCCUAAGCUGCUGGAAGAUAAAAAGCCAGACCUGGGAUCCGGUGGGAAGGCUGGAAAGGUCACCGUGGCUGGAGCUGGCCUGGGGUUUUGUUGGACAGCCCAGGCUUGGCGUUUCUGUCUUCCGUGAUGGACUGCAGUAAUGGAUGCUCGGAGCCCUUUGCUGGAGGAAGAGGAUCUGAUGUGGCUGAGACUUUUAGGGCCAAAGAUCUCAUCGUCACCCCAGCCACCGUCCUAAAGGAGAAGCCGGACUCCAACUCGCUGGUGUUCGGAGCCUCGUUUACUGACCACAUGCUGACGGCGGAGUGGUCGUCGGCGUCUGGAUGGGGGAAACCUCACAUUAAGCCUUUUGAAAACUUGUCCAUACACCCUGCUGCUUCCGUUUUGCACUACUCCGUGGAACUGUUCGAAGGCUUGAAGGCUUUCCGGGGAGUUGACAAUAAGAUACGGUUGUUCCGACCAGACCUCAACAUGAGGAGAAUGUGCCGGUCAGCUGUGAGGAGCACCCUGCCGAUGUUUGACAAGGAGGAGCUUCUAGAAUGUAUUCUGCGGCUUAUACAGAUCGACCAAGAAUGGGUGCCCUACUCCACCUCUGCCAGUCUCUACAUCCGCCCCACCUUUGUCGGAACCGAGCCAUCUCUCGGUGUCAAGAAGCCAUCCAAAGCCCUCCUCUUUGUGAUCCUGAGCCCCGUGGGACCUUAUUUUUCUAGUGGAACCUUCACUCCAGUGUCGUUGUGGGCCAAUCCGAAAUACGUCAGAGCCUGGGAAGGUGGGACUGGGGACUGCAAGAUGGGCGGCAAUUAUGGGGCCUCCCUCUUGGCGCAAUGCGAGGCUGUGGAGAACGGCUGUCAGCAGGUCCUGUGGCUGUAUGGCAAGGACAACCAGAUAACGGAAGUGGGCACCAUGAAUCUUUUCCUCUUCUGGGUAAACGAAGACGGAGAGGAAGAGCUGGCGACGCCUCCACUAGAUGGCAUCAUUCUCCCGGGAGUGACGAGGCAGAGCAUCCUAGAGCUGGCACAGCAGUGGGGUGAGCUUAAAGUGUGCGAGAGACACCUCACCAUGGAUGACCUGACCACUGCCCUGGAGGGGAACAGAGUAAAGGAGAUGUUUGGCUCAGGGACGGCGUGUGUUGUCUGCCCAGUUUCAGAUAUCCUGUACAAGGGCCAGAUGCUGCACAUCCCUACCAUGGAGAACGGUCCCAAACUUGCAAGCCGCAUCCUGGGAGAGUUGACUGACAUCCAGUAUGGAAGGGUUGAGAGUGACUGGACACUUGAGUUACCAUGAUGGAAAAACCCACGGUGCCACAGAAGAAGACUUCCGCCCUUGAACUGUGACCAUCUGUUAGUAGUUUUGCAUAUUAUAGUUACACUGUUCAUGUGUUACCGAGUUGAGAUUUCUCCUUGAGCCACAGAAACGUGCCAAUGUCAAAUGUCACCUGUAAACACGAUAGUAAUUGCUCA